CCGCCGGCUCUCUCCGCCCUCGUCGGGGGAGAUAAAUGCUGACUCCGAUCCGACAGUUGCCAACUGCAAAGUUUGCUCCUCCGGCGGCGGCGGCUGCGGGCGAAGGAAGCUUGGGGACCCCUCCCGCGCUGAGGCUUCUGCUCCCCGCCUUCCAGUCCCUCACUCUCGCGCUCCUCCAGACGAGGGCCUGUGGCUGCGGGGAGAUUUUAAACAACCUUUCCCCCAGCACAGAAACUAACUGCUUGCCCCCCCGGCCCCAAAGAACAAGUCAACUAAGAAAAUGUGGAAAGUGCCACUUCUGUUCUGCGUUUUGGGAAGCGCAUCGCUCUGGGUCCUGGCAGGAGCCAGCACAGUCCGGCCAGAAGAUGAUGUAACCCAAGGUGUGACAGAUGGCAAGGUGAUCCCGCGUGUGGAAGAUUACGCCACGACCCCAAGUGCCAGUGAAGAGCCCCACAAGUCGGCUGGCUUGACAGCUCUGGUGCCAACAAGAGCAAAGAGUGUAACAGACAGACCCGGAGAGGAUCUGCCAACUGCAGAAAGCACAGUCCACGUCCAAGAAGAAAGCCGGGGUACCACAACCUCAAAUGCGGCCACUAGUCGGUCCUCAGAGAAAACAGAUGGAAAGGAACAAACAACAGUUGAGAAAGAUGGCUUGGAGACAGUGACCCUGGUUGGCAUCGUAGUUGGGGUCUUACUAGCCAUUGGAGUCAUUGGUGGGAUCAUCAUUGUGGCUGUGCGAAAAAUGUCGGGGAGGUACUCGCCCUAAAGGAGCUGAAGACUUGUGCCCUCCUGCCAACGCUUUUUAAAAUGAGAGUUCCCGACUUCCCCCGUCCCUGAGCCCGUGGAGAAGAUGACCCAUGGAAAUGCUCACAAUCCAUGGUGAUCCCUCCUCUUGCCAGAAGUCCCCGAAGAAAAGAGUCUUCAUAAGACUUACUCUCCUCUAAGCGUUUGUCUUUUGAAAUGUUUUUUUAAUAUAAAUUUUGUAUAAGAUGACUUAAAAGACAAAAAUGCAUAGAACAGGGAGCAAAACUGCAUAAACUGACUGGCCACUAAGAUGGACAGUGUAAUGCAAUCGAUGUUUAGAACCUGUAAUCAUGUCUUUGUUCUGACCAUUCUCUGUUAUUGUGAACACGCAGAGGACUUUGGAAAUAUUGAUACCAGUGGAGUCCUUGGGGGUAGCGCUAUAGCAGUAAGUGUCAUAGGCGUUUCGCAGUGUCUGGUCUGUUGAGAUGUACACAUUCCCGUUGAAUUUGGUCUGUUUUUCAAGUCUGAUUUGGUUUGAAUCAUCAAGAAGAAAAUCUAAACUUGUGUGAUAUAUAACGAGCAGCUGCCUUUCACUGGUCCAAGUAAAUUGUUUCAGAGGCACCAGUUUUAAAUCACAAACAGGAAGGCUGUGCUUUGGGGAAGGUGUUUUGGGUCUCACAACAGGGCCACCAGGCAGGCUGUAGACGGGCUCUACGGCCUUCUCCAGCAAUGACUUGACGAAUCAAAGGUUUGCUCCUAUCUGUCCCUUCCACUUCCCUUGGAUGAUGGGGAGCCAGCGCUAAGGGGGUGACCUGUCUUCCACACGACACAAAUCCUCCAGAUUGGCUACUUUGCUCUGGAAUAUGGAGAUCUCAGUCCCGGAUAGCAAGGAGGCUGCCGGAGGCCCAGCGGUGCCUCAGAGGCUCAGGUGGCCCAGAGACCAAGAACCACAGUGGCCCCCAAACAGAGAGAGUCUCCGUGUGUGCUUCGGGGAGCUAGAACCUGCCCGUUUUCUAAGAUUGCCUUUCUGCCUCAGAGGACAGAUAUGGAAAUACUAAUUUUUAAAAAAGCGGCUGGAUUUAGAGACUUGAUUUGAAAACGAAAGAUAUUCCUGGUCUUUGUGACAUACUGCAUAGUUUUGUGGUGUCACAAUUGAAAAUAAUGUCUUGGCACCGCUCUGUAUUGGCACCAUCCAACUCGGAACUUUUCUCCCUGUAGGUCAACUGAGUUCUUUCCCCUGAACAAAAAGUUUUAUGCUGACCAGAUCCUGCGUCACAGUCAUGGUUGUGAUGUUCUGAUAUCUUGUAAACGUGUAUGGGUGCGUAAACCAGGAAAAAGUAAACUGUCAGUUGGAAAGCACAGCCCGUUCCUCCCAUUUCUUGCAGUAACGUGUGGCUGUUAUUUUAAGCAGUGUGUGCCUGGGUCGCUCUAUCCCGCUGGUCCACCCGCCCAGGUUCCAUUAUUUGAACGUCAGCUGAUUGAGAGAAGGGUCUUUGGAAGAGCUUUCUGAAUCUCUUAAAUAUCCUUCCAUUCCCUCACUCAGAUUCCUGAACAGGAGUUGGGAAUAAUGUUCACUUCAUCUUUCCUAUCCCCUCUUCUUUUUUCUCACUGUGAAAAAGAAUAGUCAACCCCAAGUCAUACACUGGACCCACGGCCUGCUGGGACAGGACUGUGGGUUUCCUCGUCACAUCUGUGUUGAUGCUCAAUGCAGUGUAGACGUGUUUGGAAAUAAAACAGAUGAUUGCGUACAACAA